UCUUAACUACUGAAAUACAUCUAGCAGUUAGCAAUGGUUGUCAUAGUCACAGUGGUUGUCCACCUGCCGCAUAAGAAACUCAUUCAACCUGAGUUCUUGUGUGGUUGCGGUAGACCUGCAGCUUCUAGGAAGUGUUUAGGUGGAGAACACAAUGGUCGAAUGUUCUACAGGUGCGGGAACGGAUGGGUUGAAAAUAGUGAUGGUUUGAAUGAAAAACUCUGGUGGAAACGGCACCUUGGUUGUGAAGUUUUUGUUUGGGAAGAUGUCAUUCAGAAGUUUGCGGAGACAGUGUUUGAGUACAAUCAACUUGGUGAAGAUGAGUUAGAGUCGGAGAUAAUUGGAACAAUUGGAGCUCGGACUUCCAACUAGCUGCAUGUGAUCCUAUCUUCUUAUUACCUACUCUGUAUCAAUGUGUUGGCUAUCUAUGUAAUUUCAUUUUAGUUAUUUGUUCGAUGCACUAGAAAUUUUUCAUUUGGCUUGUCGAUUUACUGAGAAAUUAUGUUGUAUGAUGGAAAAUUAGUU